CAACUAUAAAGCUUAGCAAUGGAAAAUAAGGUAAUUCUCAAGGAGGAAGAGUUCUUGGUCAGCACCAGAUAAAGAGCAGCUUUCAACCAAAUCAUGUUGCCUACAGUGGAGAGCUUUGAAAUUAAUGAUCCAAAGCCCAAGAAGAGAAGGGUGAACUGCUUUAUGAUUGUGGUGGUACUUUACCUGAUUCUGCUCACCAUGGGAAACGUUCUGCUGGCAAUUAAAGUUUUGAAUUUGCAGGAGCAGCUCAGGCGCCUGGAGGUCCCCUUCAUCAAUGAGUCACUGGCUGCAGAGGACCGUUCGCCCUUCUCCUUGUUCCAGUCAAUGAGCGCUCCUCACCUGGCUGAGGAUGCACCAAGGCUGCAAGUCCUGCAGGCCCAGCUCAACCAGGUCCAUGCCAGGCAGGAGCAACUGCUGCAGCAGGUGGACAGCUUCACUCGGAGCCCAGGUCCACCAGGACCUCAAGGUCCACCAGGAAUCAAGGGACAAGCAGGAAGCAAGGGGGAGAAGGGCACCAAAGGAGACACAGGGGCCAUGGGACACCCUGGAGCCCAGGGGAGUAAAGGCGACUCAGGGGAUCCAGGCUCCCCAGGUGUGGCUGGAAAUCCUGGAAUCAAAGGUGAUCAAGGACAACUUGGAGUGAAGGGUCUUCCAGGCCCUCCAGGUGCGACAGGACCCCCAGGUGCCAAGGGUGAGCCUGGCAGCACUGGUUCUAUUGGACUAACAGGACCACCAGGGAGCCCCGGGAGUCCAGGAGCCAAUGGUGUAAAAGGAAGCAAGGGGGACACAGGACUUCAAGGACAGAAAGGAACAAAAGGAGAAUCAGGAAUUCCAGGCCCUGCAGGCAUGAAAGGAGAAAAGGGGAGCCCAGGCCUGGCAGGCCCCAAGGGUGCCCCUGGACCAGGCGGCCAAAAGGGAGAACUAGGAGUGAAAGGAUCUCCUGGGCCACAAGGAAUAAAGGGAGAAAAAGGUCAAAAAGGCUCAGGCUUUGCAUCUGUCAGGAUUAUUGGCACCAGGAACCGAGGCCGGGCUGAAAUUUACUAUAAUGGUGCCUGGGGCACCAUUUGCGAUGAUGGGUGGGACAGUCUGGAUGCCACGGUCUUCUGCCGCAUGCUGGGUUACUCUGCAGGAAGAGCCCUUACCGGCGUGGGAGCUGGCACCGGGAAUAUCUGGCUGGAUGAUGUCGCAUGUCAAGGGACAGAGGACACCCUGUUCACCUGCAAUAAGAGUAACUGGGGCUCUCACAACUGCAACCACAAUGAGGAUGCUGGUGUGGACUGCAGCUGACCUUGCACAGCUCUUUAACACUCUGCUUCCAAGGUUUUUUGCCCAAGGGAAGGAAAGGACAGAUACUGUCUGAAACAUCUCUCACAUUGGAAGCUCAAAGCUGAUUUCCUGAGCCUCUUUAGAACAUGACAGCCAUGAAAAUAGAGUUGAAAGAAGAAACAAUUUUCUAAUUUUUUCCUUGUAGCUUAUUGAAAGCCAAGCCUGGCUGACUUGAUCAUAGUGCUUUAAGUGAGGGAGGUCUGAGCUGCGCUUGUGGUGACAGCCCCUCAUUGGUGGAUGGGGGAAAAGGAAAUGAGGAGACAGAAAUAGAGCUGGAGGUCCUCCCUGGCAGUCACAGGCCCAGCUCCCCCAAUCUGCAUUUCCUGUCUCAGGAAUUGAGUCCUUCAAGAAUGAUGCAGUGUGGGAUCAGUUCCUGUCUAGGCACCACUUCCACCAUCCUUAAGGAUGUGCUGGCCAAAACCAUGUGCUUUCUCUUUCUCUCUCUUUGUCUUUCUCUCUGUCUCUGUCUCUCUGUCUCUCUGUCUCUCUCUCUCUCACACACACACUACCCCAGGAACAAACAACUGUUUAUAGGAACAAAAUAGUCAAAAUCUUUGCAGAGAGGAUGGACCAUCCCUCCCCGACAGCAAGGAAGCUCAGAGAUGCUACUGCGGCUUGGCCACACCCAACACUUCCCUUUCUGGGCUUUGGUUCUCAUCUCUUAGCUUGACUCUCCAACCUGUACUUUGAAAGUACACCUCUCUCCAGAGCUCUGAUUAUAUCUGUUUACCAGCUGCCUCCGCAUGGGUUCCUCAAAGGUCAGGCAGCUAAAGCUUGAUUCAUUUUCUGUCCCUCCUGUGUUCUCCAUCUCAGCCAGUGGGUCCUUCCAUCCAGUGUCCAAAACAGAAACCAAAUGUCAAACACCAGUCCUUCCUUUCCCUUUCCUCUCUCUCACCAUGCAGCAAGUCUCACUAAUUCUAGCUCCCAAAUGUCUCUCCAGUCCAUCCAGUUCUAUCUCUGCCGUCAUGGUGGGCCAGGCCAUUAGCACCAAUGGCAUAGAUGCUUGGAACAUCACCUAGUUAGUCUCUUUCCUCCACUACAUGCCACCAACCACCUGUUCAUUUGCCACACAGUAGCCUGAGAGAGCUUUAGAAAUGACAAAGCUAACCAAGCCAUUCCCUGCUUAAAGCCUUCAAUGGCUCUGUAUUCCUUUAGGCCAUGGGCCAAACUCAUCACAUGGCUUACAAGAGUCCCUGAAGAUACAUCUCACACAAUCCUCCAGCCACCUUGAUGUUCCCUUUCCUAUUACCUCCAGGGCUUUGCUCAUGAAGUUUCUCUUCUAAAAAAUCUCUUACAUAACAGGCUCUUGAUACAUGUUUUAUGAUUGACUCCCUGAAUAAAUGAAUGAAUCCAUGAACAAAUAAAGGAAUGUGGGAAUGCUAAA